CCACAGUGUUGGACUGAAAUGCCGGCUGGUGUUUUCAGCCUCAUACGGCUGGAUGUUCACGGCCGUUUAAACGAUUAUAAUCUGGGAUAUUUGUUUGAAACAUAAAAAUGGCGGAUUUUAAACGUGACGUUGCACUAUAGACUGGACGCCGGCUCCGACACAGUCUCUCUCUUGUCCCGGGGGAUUUUGUUUGUCUCCGCGGCUCCUCUCGGUGCUCAGAAUGGGAGCUGGGUGAUCUGACAAGCGGACGUGGAUUCAGGCUCAUUACCCGGGAACAACGGGAGCCUGCUGGAGCCUGGCAAAAGUCCUCAGUGCUGGCAUGACCUACAUACUUAACGGGCUGGCUUAACGGACGAUCUUCAGGACAUCUCUGCAGUAUGGAAACAGCUACCGACGUCCUCUUCAACCUUGUAACACGGCAAUAAGUGACCUUCAGUUUUAUAUGCUGCUACGGAACUAUGCAGAACAAGACACGUGAAUGUGCACGGGGCUGAUAAGAGAGGAUCCGAAUGCAAACCUAUGCAAAAUAAAGGAGUGGGAGAGCCAGGAUUGCGUGCUGGAGGCUUUUAUGACCUUUUUGUGACGCUGUGGGCUCAUGAGGAAACCAAAAUGAAAAAUUAAUCAAGCAGGUGGCUUGAGGAUUCGGGAUACUCACUCCAUUUUCUCUGCUGUACUACCAGAUAACCACCCAGUUUUUUUCUAAAUGGAUUAUCUAUAACGGCCUGCAGUGGAGCUGGGAUCAGAAGUCCAAAGAAGAGGAAGAUGUUUUUCAAGCAGGAGCAACUAAUGGCUGCCUUAUCUACCACUAAUAAUAGACUGAAGGGCAGUAGGGCUGCACGAUUAAGGCAGAAAUCAUUAUCAGGAUUAUUCUGACUGAUGCUGAGAGGAUGAAAAGUCACGUAUGAGAAUUUCAAAUAAGAUUGGGAGGGUUGUAACCGUGUAAGUCUGCAAGUCUCUUUACAGUGUUUCACGUCAGACGCCUAAAAACCAAAGUGGUUCCAUAUGACAGAGGUUAACCCUUUUUUUGUUAACUGACUGCUGCCUUUAUGUCAUCUCAGUUAAUGUGGCUCCUUUCUGCUCCUCACUUAAAUUAAAGUGAGAGCUGUUUUGGUGGGAAGGGCAGAGCAUAAAGCAAACAAACUCAGUAUGCAGCAGGGUAAUCAUCACUGCCCUUUCCCCACAAAGAUGAACUGAAAGAGGGACUUUGCCUGGUGUCAUACAGGGUGGCGUUUAAAAGCAAUAAUCCCAGCUUUCAAGGACUUUCAAAAUUUACUUUCCUUUGCAAAUAUGCUCCUGAAAUGUGGCCAGCCGUUACCUCUCUUGAGGCACACGGAUGUGCCGCCUCGAGUCAUAGAGAACUUCAUCCUGACCGGGUACCGUUUCCCAAACUACAGCCUGAAAGAUUGUUUACUGUCAGCGUUCAGGCCGACAAAUGAGACAGGAAACUUCUGGACGCACUUCCUCCCAGUGUUUGUCUUUUCAUACUAUUUUGUGGAUGUUUUUGGCUGGGAAGGUGCUCCACAUGGCGAUUCCCCUUUCUUCUACCCUUUCUGGAACUACUUCAUUGGGGUUUUCUGCCUGCUAAUGGCGAGCAGCAUGGCCCACCUGCUGAACUCGAUGUCCCUGGUGGUUAGAGAAGUCUGCUUCUUUGUGGAUUAUGGCACUAUCAGCGCUUACACUGUUGGAUCCUCUUUGGCGUACUACUAUUACAUCCACCCUCAGGCGGGGAUAGUGGAGACAGGACGCCACAAUAGAUCUGACCUGAAACAUGAGCCCACAGAGGCUGUUACAUCAUCCUAUGCAAUCCCAGAAUUCAGUGUGUUCUUUGAGAACUUGUACAUCCCGAGUGCGUGCAUUGUAGCGAUCAUCUGUGUCCUGUCCUGCUGCAACACCCGCCAGAGAUGGAGGAAGCACCGAUACGUAAUCCGAACCCUUGUUUUCCUGCUCCCGUUCCUCGUCUCUUCCACGCCAGUCUUCUACCGCCUCCUCACCAGAUCGCCUUACUCCUCCACCUCGUCCUCCUUCGCUGCCUCCAGCUCCACUUCCACCUUCUUCUACCGCCAUUGUUUCUGGCUGGUGGUGUCCGCCGUUUUCAACAUCAGCAAGGUUCCCGAGCGCCUCGCCCCGGGUCGCUUCGACAUCUGGGGGCACAGUCACCAGUGGUUCCACUGCUGCACGUUCCUGUCGAUCCUCGAUGAGCUCCACAUGAUAAAAUCCGAGGUUAGGGCGAUCCUGCUCAGCCCGACUCUGCUGCUCCCACCUUCCACUCUCUCCCGUCUACCUGGACCUACUGUCAUUUCGACCUAUGGGGUGAUGCUUCUCCUCCAGACCACCAUCAUCUCCAUCAUCGUGUGGUUCUCCUGGCGGGCCAACUGCAUUUACGGACCGCAGAGGGACCAGCUCGCGAAGGAGAACCCCAAGAAGCACAUGAAAUGUCACUGAACUCUGAAGACUUCUCUUAAAUUGACCUAAAUGUGAAUAGAAGUUUGCACGUUGACCCAGAGCCAUGCCUCUGGAACAAAAAAAGAAGCGCACAAGAAUUACAACACCCUCCUCCUGAUUUCAUGUCAGUUUCAUGUUUUAAACCUUUUGAGAGCGUUGUGCAAGCUCUCAUCGGGUAAAUAUGGGACAAAGAGAGAUGAGAGGAUUAUAAUCGGAGCUCACCGCAGGGUGGCUGUCUGGUUGAAUGGAUAUUGGGAAAAUUCACCAGCUCGAGCAUGUUCCAACAGGACGUCUGGUGAUUAUAAAAGCUACCUCUAGAGACUGUUCACUUGAGGAUGGAGGAAAGGUGUUGGUACCCAGGAGAAUGUGUUUGAUAAUGCGGUUUAAGCAUCAGCCAGGCCACAUGUUGUCUACUGCCGUUGGACUUCCCUUUCCUUUGACUUUAUAAUGCAUCUUCCUCUUUGGUUGCAAUUGAACCUUGUAUGGAAGACAAAGAGGGCCAAAUAGAGAAAAAAUGAGCUUGCAAUUCAGAUUAAAUCUGUAGACUUUAGCUAUUUUUUCAAGGUGACUGUCUUUAAAGAUGCACACAGGGAAUAAGAAAACCAGAACUCAGCUUGGAGAUUUAAAAAGAAUUUCAAUUUUUCAUGGAAAACAAAAAAAAUGGAAAACAUGAAAGACCUUUGAAAAUCAACCAAUGAUUUUCAGAUUUAAAAGUAAAUUCCUAUUUCUAACAAAGAAUGAACUAUUUUUUUUUAGAAGAAACAUGUUUCAAUAAAAUUAAUGAAAAAAAUUAACAAAUAUUAGGAAUGCAUGAUAUUGGAUCUUUGCUGAUUACUAUCACACCGAUAUGUACGAUGUUAUUUCAGCUGAUUUUGAUAUGGAUACGGAAAUAUAAAUGUUGUCAGACCUAAAACUUCAAUCUUUAAAACACACUCUUAAGUUUAAGUGAUAGGUUCUUUGCAGAUGACAUCACGUAGCGGCAAAGAACUCCAGAUGGGGGGCAAGUAGUGAUUUCUGCAAAGAGAAAUGCCACCGAAAACAUCAUGUUUUACGCUGUUACUACUUUGUCAAGCAUUCAAAGCAUGAAGAUAAAAACAUGUAAUUCUUAAGCUACUUUUGUGUCCUGAGAGUAGAGACAUAUUCAGACAAAUAUUGAUUACUGUUAUACUGGUUGCAAGUAUCGUCAGAAAUCUGCUGAUAAUUAACUUUUUAAGUUAAUAUCUGCUCAUAUCAAUACGUAAAAAAUAUCAUGCAUUUCUAAUAAAUAUAGGUCUCGGGCACAGUUCAUGUGUACUUGAGCACUGUCUACAGGAUAUGUCAACUGUGCUCGAGUACAGGGCACUGAUGAAUGGGUUGAAUUGUAAAGUUAAUCCUAAACGUCUCUGGAAUCUUGAAAAAAAAAAAAUCUGCACAGCAUGGGUCCAUUUCAUCCUCUGAGCUCCAAGGUAAAUGUGGAAGUAAAAAAAAAAAGAAAAAGCUUUUUGUUGGCAUCUUAAAUAAUAGAAAUGUACAAACCAUCACCCCCUACAUCAGACUUGCAUAUGGAACCGUGCUCGGGUAUGGAAAGAUCUUACUGAUAUGAACAGACCAGUAGAGGAAUGAGGGAGCAGUUGUGCUCAGGUAUGGUACAAAACAGUUGUGUCUAAUGUGAAAAUGACCUAACAUACAAGAAGUGGGCAGUAGUGAUUUAGGUUUGGCAAUCUUAGAUUUAAGGCAUGCCAUGAAACAGUAAGGUUUACUUGCUGCUUAAUGGCAUGUCUUAAAAACAAAUGAGAUCUGCAAAAAAGCCUGUUUAGUUCAACUGUUUCCUUUUAGAUGUCAUCGUGUAAACAGCUCAACAGCUCCGUUUUUACAGGACAGGACGUCUAACAAAGUGCUGAGAAUAUUUUCUUUCAAUUUAGUGAAGCACUAAUAAUAUCCAAAUCCAGCUAUUUUAGAUCCCAAGGCAAAACUAUUCAGCUCUCUGCAAUCAAAGACAUGUCAAUACAAAGCUCUGUUUUUGUUUCCCUACCCUCAAAAUAAAAGCCCAUAUGGAACUGUUUAAGGGAAAUAACCAAGCAGAUUGGACAGCAAGCAUUCUCUAAGUAUUACAAUCUACUAGUAUCCUUACUUUAUUUGCUCUUAUAUAUUUCUCAAAUGGUCCUUUUUGUCCUCCAUAGAACCCAUAAUUUGACUUCUUGUGAGUCUGUCUCUUUGACCUUAGUAACAUCACUUCUCUUCCUCUGAAAUAACCGCUCACACGCCGUCUCAUUUCCUCUCUUCCUCCAUUUGACCCUUGUAACAGGAAGUGGGGUGGCCUUGACGAAACUGAGAGCUCCUAUCAGUGAAGCACUUUCAGGCGGGGUUGGUUUAGAAACCCCGUGGUUGAGAAGCCAUGCUCGAUUUUAAACCUCAGAAGAAGCAUGUUCCGACGUCCUGCUGAUGGGCUCGGCCAGGACGUUUUAAUGUGAAACGUGUCUUAGUGCUGUUCAUACGUCUGCUGUAUGUUUGGUUUCCAUCACACUGAUGGAAACUUCCUCAGAUUAUGUCCACAAUGCUUACACUUCAGAUUAAAUGUGAUGCAUAUAUUUUCCAAUCACUGUGGAAAGCUUACAGGAUUUUCCUGCAGUACACAGAGCUCAGUAACACUCUGUGGAUGCAGAUCCAAUCUAUCAUUCCUAAACAUCUCCGGGUUUACAGGCCAGUUAAUGAUCUGCAUUGUGAACAUGAUUUAAUGAGGAUGCUGCUUUCUUUAUGUGAUGUACAGUAAUCUCUUAGAGAAAAAGCCAUAGUUUAGGAUAGUUGCAGGUGAAAUGUAGGCAAUAUUUUAUGUUGUAUUAAAUCAUCAGGACCUUUAUGGAUAGAUUUGCACUGACAGAUCAAUCAGGUUAGUAUCUAACAUUGUCUCUUGUACCUUUCAAGUAUUACCGUUAUAUUGGAGUCACAAAGUUGAACAUCCAGGGUAAUACCUGCAAUCUUUAAAGGUGUUUCCAUAUGAUCUUUGAUUGGAAAAGUACAGCAGCCUAAAAGUGCCAGGCAUGUAGAAAAAACAGAAGGAGGAAAUAUUAUGUAAAAAACAAAAUUAGAAACUCCUGAAAUCAAAAUUUUCCCCCUUAUAUAUAAGUAGUUUCCUCACACAUUCUAAAAACAUGCUUGUUAUGCUAACUGGUAACUCUAAAUUGCCCAUUGAAGUGAGUGUAGCCUCAGUCCUCUGCAACCCAAAAUAGUACAAGUGGUAUGGAUGAGUGGAUAAAGACCUCCAAAAUUAUGCAUUAAGAUUCAACAUGGCAGUUUCAUAGAGAUGAAGUCUCACAGAAAUGUGAGAUCAAACGUGACUUUGAACAUGAUAACCAUCUGAAAGAGCUGCAAAGUUGCAGCAAAGUUAGCAUUGUUUCCUCAUAGCGAUAAUCGAAAGACCCGGUUAGUCAGGGCAUUUCUGUGCACUUGUUUUCCCCAUGCAUGUGUUGGUUCUCUCUGGCUUCCUCCCACAGUCCAAAGAACAUGCUCAUUAUGUUAAUUGGUGACUAAAUUGCCCAUAGAUGCGAUCGUAGCCUCAGUCCUCUGCAACCCCAAAAAGUAUAAGUGGCAUGGAUAGAUUGAUGAAAACCUCCAGACUCACACACAAGACGAUUCACUGUGGCAAUUCCAUAGACGUCAGGUCUCACAGAAAUGCGUGAUCGGACGUGACUUCAAAGAAACUAUCUUUAUAUGGAGAAGUAUUGACAUCAUUAGCUAUCCUGGCGUGGGUUCUUCCCAGUCUGCUCGUGCUCAACUAACAUGUUUGAUGUUUAAGAUUGCAUUGUAGAAGCUCUGGCUUAAUCAAGAGAACUAAAAUAUAUGACACCAUUCACUAUGGGAUUAUUUGGACCCGGCCUCCAAUCAUCCAAUGCCCCUAGUUAUUUGAGGUGUGUGGGUGGAAGUGGUCCCAGACUUAAAGUCGGUCCUAAAAUUGUCUACUUUAGUAGUUCUCAACUGGUUUAGCAUCAGAACCCUCCUUGGUCCCAAAGUUAGUACAUUUUUCAAUCAUAAGGAAAAGUUUCUAAUGAAAAUAGAUGGAGAAAUUUCCUUCCUGGGUUGUAUGGAAGCCCAUUAACGCCAAGUAGAAGAAAAAAAAAUGUAAAGUGUGCUUUACUUUUUACAUUACUACAGUAAUACUUGGACCUGUGAUUCGAACAUGAUGGCAAUACUUGAAAGAACAAAGUGAAAUCACUAUGUCUUUAUUGAACAUUUAUCUGCAUGCCGCAAUGUCAAACAUUUUUUCUGUACAGUACGGAUCAAUUUUACCUGCACAAAUGAGGAGAUUCUCACAUUUAGUCUUGUCUGUUAACGAAGUUUGCUCCCUGAAUUCAGACCCUUUAGUCCUUGUUUUGUUUGAUUAAUGUUUAGACUGCAGCUCAGCUGGAGUUUGAUUUUAACCCAGUUAUGAAAUUUAAUGUUUAGAUUAUGCUAAUUGUCUGUUUAUGUCAUGUUUUUAGUGUACUGUUGAGAGAAUGGAAACAGAAAGACAGAGAGUUAGCUUGCUGCUAAUGGCUGCUCACCAGGCUUAAAUAGGGCAUACUGUAGAGUUAGCCUUUUAGACCCUAGCGUUUCCCCUGGCGUCCCACAUAAGAGAAAAUGAAAUAUUUUCAUUUUAUUAACUCAUAUUAUUCAGUUUGUGGUCCAUAGACUUCACAGAUUUGUAUAUUUUACAUUUUUCACUAGUUUCAACAGUUCUAUUUCUGCUGAGUCACCAUUAGCUUCAGUUUUAUUCAGACAAGACUGCAUUUUUAGAUGAUAGGAAAAGAAUAGAGAACUUUUAUCAUUAUUAUUAGAGAAAUAUUUCGUUUAAUUGAUUUGCACAAUGAAAAUGGACCAUCACUACUGAAGCUUGAUUAACUGUUUUCUUUGUGUGUUUUUAAUGUGUUUUGAGUGAUUUGUACGGUGGUCCUGAAGGUCAACUGCAACAAGGCACUGAAUGAAAAAAGGAAUCACACGAAUUGCUAAAAUAUUUAAUGGAAUGCAAAAACAUUUAAUGAAACACAAGACAUGAAAAUUUUUUUUAAUUUUCAAGGGAUGAUUUAAUUCAUAGAAUAUUUCUGAAGUAAUGAAAUCAUUUUAAUUCAACUGCAAAAUAUUUUGUUUCUUGAACUCAUUUGACAUUACCAGAAUGCUUUGUUGCACUUAUGAUUUUUUCUUUUAAUUUUUAAUGCCAUAGGAAAUAUUUCUAGUUCACUUUUUUGAUUUCCAAAGAUUUUUUUUCAAUUUAUUGAAAUUAAUAUUAUUUUUGCUUAGUGAAAAAAAAUGUAUUUUUGAAAAAUUCUACAU